AUGCCUGAAGAACGGGACCUUACGACGACUCCUCAGUCAGCUGAUGUCGUGGAUGAAAACCUCUCUGUUUCCGGCUGCCCCGAGCCCUGGAUCGAACCCACUUUCACGCUAGCAGCCAGGGUCCGUGUGAUCGUCACCAUCUGCUUUUUCCUGAUAGCAGCAUCCAGCAACUCAGUUGUGUUAUACAGCAUCAUGAGGAAGAGAAGGAAGUCCCAUGUCCGGCUGCUGAUACUGAGCUUAACGGUGGCAGAUUUACUGGUGACCUUCACGGUCAUGCCCCUGGAUGCUGUGUGGAACGUGACGGUCCAGUGGUACGCCGGGGACCUGCCGUGUAAAUUGCUGAACUUCCUCAAACUCUUUGCCAUGUACUCUGCAGCGCUGGUGCUUGUGGUUAUCAGCCUAGACCGGCACUCAGCCAUCCUCCACCCCUUUGCCUUCGCUAAUUCCAGUCGACGCAACAGACUCAUGUUAUGCGUCGCUUGGGUCAUGAGCCUUCUGCUGGCCUCGCCCCAGCUUUUUCUUUUUCACCUGCACACUGUCCCGGGUGUCAAUUUUACCCAGUGUGUGACCCAUGGAAGUUUCCAAGAGCACUGGGAAGAAAUCAUCUACAACAUGUUCACCUUCACCACCCUCUACGUCGCCCCACUGAGCGUCAUGAUUGUCUGCUACAUCCGCAUCAUCUGGGAAAUCAGUAAGCAACUGAAGAUCAACAAGGGUCUAGCAAGAAGCAAAAACGACCACAUCUCCAAGGCGCGAAUGAAGACCCUCAAGAUGACCGUUGUGAUAGUUGCCUCCUUCAUUAUCUGCUGGACCCCAUAUUACCUCCUGGGCCUGUGGUACUGGUUCCAGCCAGACAUGAUUCAAAGUAUGCCUGAAUACAUCAACCACAGUCUCUUUCUCUUUGGCUUGCUGCACACGUGCACCGAUCCUGUCAUUUACGGUCUCUACACUCCUUCCUUCCGAGAGGAUAUGAAGGCGUGCCUUAGAGGAAUAGAAACAGUAAUCACGGGGCAGGAGAGAAACAAACUGAUGUCCAGUUCUGAAUUGAACAUAAAGGACUACAUUAUAAAUGGCGGAGCAGCUUCGGGCGCUUCCAACGGCACAAUCAUCCACACGGUCUGCUAA